GUUCCAUAGCAACCUCUGGAGAAAAAAGGAUCAGCCUUGCAAUAUUACAAACCUGUUUCUGCCUCCCUCAGCAGCAGAGACAAGAAUAGAAAUCUAAGGAAGGAUUAUUACCGGCAGGUGUGGACCUCUUAUUUCUGUUUGUGUUUACGUGACAGUUACAGUAGUUCUUAUGGAAAGGAAGAGACUGAAAAAGGAAGUAGAAAAACUCCUGAGUGACUAUGUUGGUACUACCCUUCGAGAAAAGGAAUUUGAUCCAAAAGGACGAAAGGAAUCCAAAUCGCUAGAUGAUGUGGCUCAUUAUGACCUGGCUAUUGGUGUUGCCUUACAAUGGCUUAAUAGUUCUGAAGAGCUGAAAAAAGGGAGCAUAAAGAUGCCUCUAAACCAACAAAAAUACCCAGGCCGGAUGGAGAGAGAAGCUAUGAUUUUAUCCAGCUUUGCAGGAAUAAUAAUGAACAGACUGCCAGUUGAAAAUGUGUUUGAAAUAUAUGGGAGCAAACAUUCACAAACACAGCUUAGGAGUUCGACAAGGGGUCAUUUGACACAGGCCUUUAAUCUUUCAUUACAUCCAUUCGCCAUGCUGACAGCCCCACAGGCUGCCGAACAUGCCUGGAAGCAUUGUACCCGAUUGUCCACCGGCAGAAAUGAACAUACUUCGGCAAAACAUCAUAAUCCAAAAACUAUACAGCAAGAGCAUCAGGAAACAAUAUCUGGAAGAGAAGACACUGGAUCUGUGACAGAAGGCAACCAGGACCAUUUUAAAGCAGAAGGCAGUGAAGACAUAUAACAAGCCCUUGGAUGUUCGUUUUUUUUUUUGUUUCUUAUUUAUACCGUUUAUACAUUUUGCACAAUAUGGACACAACUGCAUUUGUGAUUGGACUUAGUUACCUCAUGUUAUUUAUGCAGAAAACAACAAUAAAGAUAGGUGCAAGUUAUA